GAACUCCAUCAUUCUGCUGCUGACUUCCACAGAACCUGGAUCAGACGGCAGAAACUCCACAGGUCCUCCGCAGUCAUGAAGUCCUCUGGCCUGGUGCUGCUGCUGCUGUUUUCCUUCCUGAUCUGCAGCCUGAGCGUCCCUCAUGCGUCCAACCAGCAGGACAACCGCGCUCUGCAGAAGAGAGGCAACACAGCGAAGAAAGUAAAGACAGCAGCAGAAUACUUUCUGAAGAUAGUAACUGCUCUGAAACCUUUCAUUGCUCUCAUACCAGGGGCAGGGGAUUAUUUAAGUGCUAUCAUAGAUGUUGCAAACAAUGUUGCUGGUACAUCUCCAGAAAAACAGCUUCUGGCUUUUCUGAAGGCAGAAUUUGACAAUCUGAACUUAAAGAUAGAUGAAAACCAGAAGCAACUGGAAUGGAACAUUUGGAGCAGUGGUCAGUACGGGGAUCUGGAGAAGAAAAUAAGUGUAGCAUGGAAUAAAAUGCAGGAUCUAUUGAAUAAUUGUCCUGAACCGUGCGCCGUAAGUCUGAGAAAAGAUGGAAAAGAUAAAGUUAUUGAAAAUUUCUUCAAAAAGGCAGAGAAGUACGUGGGGGAUCUGCACUUUCUCAUUGUUGAUAAAGGUGGAUACAAUCCUGACUAUGCAAAGCUACUAAAAGACCAUGUCAGAUGUCAUGAAAAGAGCAUCAAAAUAUACUCCGCCAUUAAUGCAGCGCUCGUGUAUAAGGCCAUCACUAUGACGCAUUUCUAUAACCGCUUUAAUAACAUUGCAACAGAUAAAGAUAGUCUAGCUAAGAAAGCAUAUGAAAUAUCUGCAGCUAUGUUCCAGAUCCAAAAGAACUGCAUUUCAGAACCUGAUGCAUUUGUUGCAUUAGAUGUUCAAGACCGCAUCAAACCACCAGUGAAGCGUACAGAUCUGGCACAGGAAAUCAGGAAGUAUCUGGAUUACACUUACGACCGCUACGACUGGAUGGUUGUUGCUUAUUAUCCAAAUCCUCAUACUCUAAAGAAAUGGAUGGAGAAAAAAAUUCUGACAGGAUUUACUUCAGCAGAAAAGGGGGAGAUUGGUGUGGCUGUAGCCAAACAAGCUCAAGGAACCCAUAAGAAAACAAAUCAGGUGAUAACUGCCAUUAAGGGGUGUUUUGAUGAAACUGUAAAAUGUGAUAAAGUGGAAACUAAAUUAGAGAACUGUGCUAAAGAUGUGGAUGGGAUUAAGGUGAAGGAGAUGUAUUCAGCCAUCAAUGCUUACGUCCGUAAAAGCCAUGACAGUGUUGAAGCUUUAAAAGCAGAAGAAGCACCUACAGAAGACUUGCUGGAUCCCAAAGAAGAAAAUAAAAUCCCGUACAUUUACACAGGGAGAUGCCGCUCAUUAAAGGGCCUUGACAUCGGAAGCUUCAGGGUUCUGAUUAAAAGUGACGAAGAGUGGAUGAAGGUUGGAUCCCUGUAAAAAUGUGGACUGUGGUGGUGAUAAAAGAGGGAAAUGUGUCCCGGUGCAGAGCGCCCGCAUCGGACUGUGUGAGUGUCAGGAGGGCUACUAUGGAGAGAAAUGUGAGGAGACCAUGGAGGACUACAUGAAAAGCUUAUCUGGUAAAGAAGCUGCUAAAUCACCAAGCAGCAUGGGUCAGAGAAAAUCCAUCUGAUAUCCUCAGAAGAGUUAAUUUUUCACCUAAAACAAUCCAACCAAAAUGUUUUUUAGUCUAAAUCUGGUCAAAACCUUCAGAUCCAACAUUCCUGGUGCAGAAAAACCUCUCCUGAAUAUUUUGAAGAGAAGAACCGGCGGUCCUGUGACUUUAAAUUCAUGUUUGCAAAUCUCUACCUUCCCAGGGUAAAACUCAGACGGGUCCGUUUACAUGAUGGGUUCUGGUGUUUCUAACUUUCCUCCCAAAGCUUUAAAGUGAGACUGCAGAAUAACUGAGAAACUGUCUAAUAUAACAACACACACGGUAAUUAUUAACAGAGGGGAACUUUCUCCCUCAGAGCUCAUUAAUGUUGUAAAAACCACAGCAGCAAUCCCCUGAGUCCAUGUCUGAGCAGAGGAUUCAGAAUCUGUUUCGCGUUUUGUCAGAAACCUGUAAAACUGGAAGGUUUUUGUGGAUCUUCUCAUGUUUGAGCUGUUCUGCUGAGAACUUCCUGUUAGCAACCAAAUGUUUUUCCUGCUGAGAGCUUCUGUCCAUCUGUGACCAGGAAACCUAAUAAAGUCUUGCCACCAUGCCUUAA